AUGGCGGAUAAACAUCGUUGGAAAACUACACGCACUUUUUAACAAAUAUCUCGACAACCUAUGGACCGAUAUCAAAACAACUUGGCCAUUAAUAUUAACCGAUAAUGAGUGAAAGCCAUAGCGUAUCGAAACCAGUUGCAACUGGUAAUAAAUCUCCGCUAAGACACAUCAGAUACGAGCACUUAGUUGCUGGUGUAAGUGGAGGAGUAUCUGCUACACUAUGUUUACAUCCAUUAGAUUUGGUUAAAAUACGACUACAGGUUAAUGAUGGAGGUGGAAGAGGACCACUGUACAAAGGAUUUAUCGAUGCAACACGGUCAGUAAUCAAGAAUGAUGGCUGGAGGGGACUGUAUCAGGGGGCAGCACCUAACGUCACAGGGAAUGGCAUGGCGUGGGGACUCUACUUCUUCAGUUAUAACAUAAUAAAAGCCUGGAUGCAGGAUGACAGUGAUCAGCCUUUGGGGGCAGAUAGACAUCUUUUAGCAGGGGCAGUUGCAGGUCUUGCAACAUUAACAGUAACUAAUCCAGUUUGGGUUGUAAAGACAAGAAUGUGUCUACAGUACAGUGGCCCUCAUGUUACCACAACACAAACUCAUAAAUACACUGGCAUGAUAGAUGCAUUUUUGAAAAUAUGGAGAUAUGAAGGAAUCAGUGGUUUAUAUAAGGGUUAUCUUCCUGGUGUUAUUGGGGUAUCCCAUGGUGCAUUGCAGUUUAUGGCCUAUGAAGAGUUAAAAAAACGUCGCAGCAGAUAUUUUAAUCARCCAGUAAAUCAAAAAUUAAAUUCUUAUGAAUACCUGAUCAUGGCAUCAAUCUCAAAGAUAUUUGCAGCUAGUGCGACUUACCCCUACCAAGUGGUGAGAUCAAGGCUACAGAAUCACAACACCAUUGGGCAGUACAAUGGAGCUAUUGAUAUUAUCAGAAAAAUUAUAAGGUUUGAAGGAAUCAAGGGCUUUUACAAGGGUCUUUUGCCAAGUAUAAUUAGAGUAACUCCUGCUUGUGCCAUAACCUUUGUAGUAUAUGAAAAUGUUGUGCAUUACCUUCUUCCAAAGAACAAUACAGACUAAACUGAAUUUCUUGUAAAAUAUGCCACGUUUAUUUUGUAGUWUGAAAGCUGUUAUUAUUUUUUCCACUUCAUUUCAAUUUGUAAGAAAAAAACGGAAUUGUUUAUUUUAAUUCUAAAUAAUGAUUGUCACGUCUUCUGUAAAUGCAAUGAAAUAAUGACAAUAAAUGCUGUUUAUGUA